UUCCGGCACCGGGUUUCCACUAGAUCGCACAGCCACAAAGUCAAAAUGGGCCAAAUCAUAACUAUUAAUGAAAACAAACAUUUACCUUUUUGUCUUCAUUUAAGUUUUGCGGUGUGGUUAGGUACAAAACCAGAUUUUAAUUAUAUACAUUUUUAGGAAAAUGAUUUUUUUUUUGACUUUGUGGCUGCUGUGGUAUCUAGUGACGACCAGGGAAAGGGGAAUUGUUGAAACGUUUUCGUAUUGGAUAAGUUCAACUAGUUCGGACUCCGUUUAUAAAAAGUUCUCUCGUUUCGUGUUUACCGAUCACACACACAAGGGAUUGGGUCAGUUCUUAUUACAGAAGGAAUACAUAUACAUGUUAACUGUUGUUCUGUUAAUAGUCUCCUGUACUAUUUGUGGUUAGUCGACAGCGGAAUGGAGUUUCCCGAGGAGGUCCUCGCCCAUAUAUUUUCCUACCUGUCGGUAACGGAACGGGACAGCGCGUCUGCAGUGUGUAAGAGGUGGUCGCAGUCCAUGAGCCACCCGCGAGUGUGGCGGUACACUGAAAUAAGGUGUGAGACCGGGGAACAGGAGGACCCUGCUCUGCAGCAUUUCUCCUCUCUCCUGCCAUUGGUCCGUCACCUGAAGAUCACCGUCAGUUCGCUGAGCGAUCCAGCCAAUCGCAGCGCUGCCCUGUCUGUCCUCCGCCUGGCCACCAGUGGUCCCCUGCAGACCCUGUCCCUGUCCUGCUCUGGAGGCGUCCCUCUCUUCUACUCAGGUCACGACCUGGAGGAAGGGCUGGAGGCCGCUCUUACUACAGCUCCGGAACACGUGGGAGGAGCCUUCCUCUCCCACUUGGACCUGAGGGGCGUGCCUUUCACCCUCAGCCAAUCCCUGGUGAGGGUCUUGGCCCGGCAGAGCCCCAACUUGAGGAGUCUAUUGGUCAACAAUCAGACACUGGUGUGUAAAGUGGAGCCAGAGGCUGUGGUGGAAGUACUGGGGCUGUGUCCACUUCUCAACACACUAGGGCUGUUCUAUACCAGCCUGUCCCAGAAGGUGGUGGAUGAGCUGCUGUUGCCUCAACGCUGCCCCCUCCUGGCCAUGGAGCUGUACUGCGAGCGCUUUGCCAAAUACAUCCCCCCUCUGGAGGACAACGUGUGGGCUGGGCUGAAGCACAGACACCCGGGGUUAAAGGUAAGCCUGAUAUUGGACCACACUCUUCCCAUGGAUCAUUUCAGCUCCGUAUUGCAGCCCAGCGUUCCUCUGCAGCACCUGGAACUCCUCACAUUUACUGACCUGGUCCAGCAGACACACCUGGUCACCCAGAGCUACAGCCACGCCCUGGAGACAAUCAUACUCCAGACCACCUCGUCUCCAGAGCUGGACUCCGCCCUGCGCUCCCUGGCCGCAGCCUGCAGCCGCCUCAGAGAGGUCCACUGUUACUGUGUGGUGUCGUGUGAUGUCGUCAGGGCCUUUAAAGACUGCUGCCCUCACCUGUGGAGAUACACACUGAAGACACGCAAAGAGCCACACCCCUGGAAAUGCACUGUUAUUAAAUGACAACCAAUCACACCCCUGGAAAUGCACUGUUAUUAAAUGACAACCAAUCACACCCCUGGAAAUGCACUGUUAUUCAAUGACAACCAAUCACACCCCUGGAGAUGCACUGUUAUUUAAUGACAACCAAUCACACCCCUGGAGAUGCACUGUUAUUAAAUGACAACCAAUCACACCCCUGGAAAUGCACUGUUAUUAAAUGACAACCAAUCACACCCCUGGAGAUGCACUGUUAUUAAAUGACAACCAAUCACACCCCUGGAGAUGCACUGUUAUUAAAUGACAACCAAUCACACCCCUGGAAAUGCACUGUUAUUAAAUGACAACCAAUCACACCCCUGGAGAUGCACUGUUAUUAAAUGACAACCAAUCACA